AUGUCCGUGCGAGGGGGCCCAGAAUUUAGCUCCCCUCAAGCUUUUAGCAACUAUCCUCCCAUCCCUGAAGAUCCACAAAUGGAUGGACCUUCAAAUGUUGUGUCGGAAAUUGACAUCACACCGGCCACCUUUGCACCACAACCACCUCCGAUGGGUUUCGAAAACCCUAUCCCUACAUACCCAGAUAUGACUGGGUAUAACCCGUUCGAGCCACAAGCUCCUACAGGUUAUAACUACCAACCACCUGCUUACGACCCAUACGUCGAAGCGGUCACUUAUAAUGCUCUCUAUCCUUCACCUUUCCCACCUGUAUACCUAACUGGGUAUCCUAUCUAUGGGUAUCAAUACCCUCCACCCAAUCACAGCCAUAACCUCAACCUCCACCCCAACAAUAACUAG